UGUGGUUACUCUUUCGUUAGUUUCACGAUCAGCUUAACCUUCCCACUCUCUACCUUUACCUUUGCAGCGUCAGGCGUUGUAUAGCAUGGGUUAGGCGGUGUUUUUGAUCUAUCGGGAAAUACCAAUGUUCGUGGAGAGAAAGAUAGAGAAAGAGGAGUGAGAGUUUUGACCGAAGGUUCUUUUUAUUAUCGGAGCACAUAACAAGGUAUGUUUCGGAUACCAAAGCCUACAAUGCCUACGUCUACCACAACAACAAUUACAAAGCGUCCGAAACAGAUCCAAAGUUGCCUUUAUGCAUCCUAUGAAUGCACACAACCAUGUCUAGAGGGUUACUCGUAUUGCGCUAGGCAUAUUCUCGAAGAUUCAAAUGCACCUUACAAACAGUGUGCUUUUGUAUACAAUACCAAUGGAAAGAAAUGUCAAAAUCCAGCCCCAAAAUUGGAUAGGAGAGAUAUCUCAUAUUGCAAUGAACAUUCUAGAAAAGCGCAAAUUGCGCGAAUUAAGUCAAUGUCACGACGCUCUUUACCACAAACACCUGAGAUGUUACUGCUUAAUUUGAGCCAUUAUGCCAAGCCUAUCGAUUCUAGUGCGGAAGAUACAGAAGAUGAAGGAGGAAAAAUUAGAGCUUUAGAUCCUUUCACCGAAGUUGAUGCUUACAGAGUAAAUGCAAGUGGGAGUGACAUCUUAGAUUAUGCCAGUUCGUCAGAGAGCGACGUCGAACCUACAGUUGUCAAUGAUACUCUGAGAGGGGUUUAUCUUGAUGAUAGCGAUAAUGAGAGUUUGCACAGUCCACAAGAGGAUCCCCUAAAGCACGCCGGUAUUUUUACUGCGGAGGAGGUGGUUUAUAUUGCAAGGGAAAAAUUGAUUAGGCUCCAAUCCCUUUAUAUCGAUCAAUUUAGAAGGCUACAAUAUAUAUUGAGGGAAAAAAGACGAAAGUAUUUACUUGCCCUGAAGAAAGAAAAGGAAACGUUUUGUAGUAUACAUGAUCAGACUAAGGAAACUGCGAAAGAAAAGAAACUUUACGAAAAGUUGAAAGCUUUAAAUCGCUAUCACAGACGGAGUGGUGCUGAAGCAAUACUUUAUAGGAAAUCAUUAGAACGUCGCGCACAGGUAACUGAACCAACUCAGAAACCGCCAAAUAUGUCCAAGUGCGUGUUUACUGAAGGUGGCGUGAAAUGCGGCGAAAGAACUCUUCCAUCGGCUAAACAUUGUCGCAAACAUAUUCUAAAGGACCAACAUCAAGUUUUGUUCAAGGCAUGCGGAGCGGUACGAUCGGAUGUAGAGUGUCAUGAACCUGUGCCUGUUAUUUUCGAUUCUCAUUGUGUCUUUCAUAUGAACUUGCCGCCGUCAUGCAAACUUGAGCCUGUAAAGUUUGAGGAGGAGAAACCUACGACUCGAGAAGUGUCAAUGAUUGACAAUCAAUCGAUGGAGAUUGAUGUAGUGGGCGAGGCGCAAGAAAUCGAUCCUGAUGACGAUAUGGCGGGUUUGAUGAGAGAAAUGAACGACUCCGCUCAUGUAAAACCUUCUUUUGCAAACGAGAGUUUGAAUAGUGAAACUAGUACAGACACUGCGUUCAGUUUAUCGGCACAGAUGAGUGAUCGGGAUGAUUUCGUUAAUGUAUGACAAAAUAUUUUUCUGUGAUUUUCAAAUUGUGACAUCUAAUUUAUCGUUGCUCGAUUGAUACAAAAUGUCAGGGAUAAUUUGCUAAGAUGCUUUUCCCUGUUUAGUAUACUCAUGUGAUAGUGUCGAAAUUUUCUCGCUCGAAUACAGAGUGACUUCAGCAACAGUAGUAUAAUUUAUUUUCACAUAACCAUUUCAAUCGAAUGCUAUCAAUUGUUAAUAUUUGUAUAUAAUCUGAGGAAAUUAAAAAGACAUCAUAUAUGGAUAUAA